UGGUUGUUUCUGACCUAAAGCGAACAAACAUACCGAGCGCAAGCGGGCUAAAUGGUGUUUUUCCUUUAACUUCUUUGCUAACAAGUCCCCAAAACAAGCUGACAAACCUGCACGACUGCAAGGGAAAUAAACCCAACAUCAGUCCACCAGUAGUCACGUCAGUUAGACAAUUCGAAGAAAACGAGUGGUGAUGUCUUCCUCUGAACGAUCUGUUGUGAAGGAAUGCUAAAGAUGAAAGCCGAAAAACGACAAAGAUUAAAUAAUACAAAGUUACAUACUGUCAAAUGCAGAAAAAAAGCUCUUGAAAAAUGUGUUGCUUUGCAUGCAGAUGAGGCUAAUACAGUAAAACCAUUAUCUCCUGAACAAAUGGUUUGUCAGGAUGAGACUGAAAGUAAUUCAGAAGAGUUUAAUUAUGCUGCAGAAAUGCAGAUCCCUACCUCUGUAAAAUGUGAUAUUAAAACUGAAGUGAAUCAAGAUGAAUUGAGUAAGACUGAAACAGACUUUAAAUAUGAUAUAAAUGACUCAAGGGUUUCAAAAUCAAGUGUUGUUAAAAUUGAAAAUCAAGAUGGGGAAAUAUUUGAUUCUUUCAUUAUUGAUUAUGAAAAUGACUCGGAACCAUUGAAACAGACAACUGCAAAUAUUGAACUUGUGCCCAAAUCUAUUGAAGAACAAACUGAGCAUGGAGAGAACUUAGGACCAGUGCAUUGUAUUAAAGAAGUUCCGAUAAAUAUUGUAGUAAAAGUGGAACCCAUAGAAAAUGAAGACUUGCCAGCAGAAAAUCCAGAAACAUUGGAACAAUCAGAGCCGGAAGAUUUUAUAACAAAGCUUAAAGAAACAAGAGAAAUAAAGCAAGGAAACACCACUUGCAAAUCAUUUUCAAGACUUAGUUCUAGUCAAGUCAAAGACAAAGAAGUAGCAGAGCCAAAAGGUCGUGAUGUUUUCACUUCACUUGGGGCUCAGGAACAGUUAACUGAAAAUGAUCAAGCAAGUCAAAAUAAAGAUGUCAUUAGCGAGAAGGGGAAUGUAAGACCUUGUUGUACUGGUUUGUUUUUCCAUGGAGGAUUUUCUCAAAAAUUGACUGGUACUCAAAGUUUUAAUGCAGAAGCAAACGAUAUGGAUAGGCCAAUGAUAACAGUGCCUCAGAUCAGUGUGUCUGUGCCGCUGACACAUGACAAUAACAAUGACAUCACACAAACUGAAGCUGAAGUUAUAAAAGAAAUGUUAAGAAGUGCAAGAGUCCAGGAAUUGAUGAACUCUCCAGGAAAACCUAGUGAGGAGAUAUUUACUAAUAAAGAAAAAGGUGAAAAAGAAAAAUAUUUUAUAAGAAACAGGGAAAGAAGGCCAGACACUUGGCAGUCAAAUAUAAGAAAAACAUUGAAAACAAUGGGAAAGGCAUAUGUAAGCGCAAGGGGUAAACUAGUCCCUGCAAAACAUUUGCAGCCAAUUGACUGUACAAAGUGUAAGCAGAGGUGUACAGAAAAAAUACUGGAAGAAACAAGAAAAGUAAUAUUUGAAUGGUUCUGGAAGUUGGGAUCUUACACAGCACAAAAAGAGUUUGUUUUGUCGCGAGUUAAGCAGGUGGCAACAAAAACAAAUAAAUUGAGACAGGUACACAGACUAUUCUCCUUUGAGAUUAAUGGUAAAUGUGUGUCUGUGUGUAAAAAGUUCUUUACUAGAACACUCGGCAUUAGCGGCAGUUACAUACGCAAAGCAUUUGAACAGAAAGCUCAGAAUGUGUUUGUUCAAGACGGAAGAGGAAAAAGUGUACCAUCUAACAAAACAUCAGAGGAGCAAAUUGACAGCGUACAUAACCAUUUAGAUAUUUACUUAGAGAAAUAUGCCUUUGAUAAAUCUCAACAAAAUAGCAUCAGUGCGGUGAAGUGGUAUGAUGAAUAUAAAACUGUAUGUUGUGAGGAAAACAAAAAACCUGUGUCGAUACACAUGUAUAGGAGGAUAUUUAAAGACUAUGUUCGGAAAUAUCCUACAACUGCUCAGAUGCGAUCAAUUGAAAUCAGUCGAGGAAAUGAGAAUAAAGUUAUGUCCGAUGGGGAGGGAGAUUUUUCUCAUGACAUAGCAUAUAAGAGGAUUAACUUGCCUGCACAGGCUGAAAUUUGUGAAAGGGUAAAUACACAGGAUGAAAAAUUUGUGCAAGGAAUUGUAACCACGGGCGGAAACCGAAGUGAGGCUUUCGAACCAAAUACAUUACAACAUGAAACAUUUAGCCAGUAUGAUGCACGAUCCCACUCGAAGUCCAAAGAUGAAAGAUUGCAGGAAUUAUUUGGUACAGAAAGUUUUCCAAAGUUACCUUUAUUGCAAGUCACUGAAGCAAAAGGAAAUAAUACGGGUAUGCCAGUGAUAACAGUUCCUCAGACUAGUAUGUCUGUGUUCCCAACUGACAGUUUGCAUGAAGAUAACAAUGGCAUUAUGCAAACUGAAACCGACACUGAAAUGUUAAAUAAAUCCUCUGAUCAGGAAAUAAUAAACUUGCCAGGACAAUCAAGUAAGGACUUGUUAAAGAAUAAUGAAAAGAAUGAAAAUGAAAUCGAAUUAUUGACAAGAAGGAAAGGAAGGCCAGAAACCUGGAAGAGAAAUAUAAGGAAAAGAUUGAGAACGACAGGUCAGGCCUACAUCAACACAAAGGGUAAAUUAGUCCCUGCAAAAUAUUUGCAGCCAGUUGAUUGUACAAAGUGUAAGCAAAGAUGUACAGAAAACAUCUCGGAAGAUACAAGAAAGAUAAUAUUUGAAGCUUUCUGGAAGUUGGGAUCUUACACGGCACAGAAAGAGUUUGUUUUGUCGCGAGUUAAGCAAGUGGCAACAAAAACAAAUACAUUGAGAAAGGUACACAGACUUUUCUCCUUUGAGGUAAAUGGUAAAUGUGUGUUUGUGUGUAAAACAUUCUUUACAAGAACGCUUGGUAUUAGCGGCGGUUACAUAUGUAACGCAUUCAUACAAAAAGCUCGGGAUGUGAUUGUUAAAGACAGAAGAGGAGGUGUACCAAGAAACAAAAUAUCGGGGGAGCGCAUUGACAGCGUACAUAAACAUUUAGACAUUUAUCUAGCAAACUAUUUUAUGAACAAUAAUCUUCAAAAAAGAAUCAAAAUGGUGAAGUUGUAUGAUGAGUAUGUUGUUUUGUGCAGAGAGGAAGACAAAACACCUGUGUCCAAACACAUGUAUAGCAAAAUAUAUAAAGAAUAUAUGUGGAGAUAUCCUAGAAGUGCUCAGGAAUGGUUUGUUGAAAUCGCACGAAGGAAUGAAAAGGUUGACGUAUUGGACGAGAAGAAAAAUUCGUCUUUCGGCAGUGCACAAAAGAAUGGGAGUUACGUGCCUGCGCAGGCAGAAACUUGUAAACGACGGAUUACACAGGAUAAAACAUGUGUUCAAGGCAGUAUGACUUGGGGCGAAUAUCAAAACCAGACUUCCCACCCAAAUACAUUACUAGAUGGAACGUGUAGCCAGUAUGAUGCAGGGACACAUUUUCAUACCCACUCGAUUUUCCAAGCUGAAUGUUCACCAGGAUUCCUUGGUACAGAACGUUCGUCACAACCAACUGUUACGCAAGCUGUUGAUGCAACUGCCAACAAUAUGGACAACCCAGUGAUAACAUUGCCUCAGACCAGCUUGUCUGUGUUGCCGACUGAUACGUCAUAUGACAGUGACAUUGCCAUCACACAAAGUGAAGCUGAUGCUGAAAUAUUAAAUAAAACUCCCUUUCCAGUAGUGAUAAAAACUGCAAAGAAGGAGAAAUUUGGAAAUAAAGAAAAAAGAGAAAACAAAACUGAAUCAGUGAAAAGAGGAAGGGAAGGAAGACCUGUAACCUGGAAGAAAAAUGUUAGGAAAACAUUGAGAACAGAGGGAAAGGCUUAUAUUAACGCAAAGGGUAAAUUUGUUUCUGCUAAACAUUUGCAACCAGUUGAUUGUUCAAAGUGCAAGCAAAGAUGUUCAGAAAAAAUCUCGGAAGAAACCAGAAAGAUAAUAUUUGAAUCCUUCUGGAAAUUGGGGUCAUACACAGCGCAAAAAGAGUUUGUUUUGUCGCGAGUUAAGCAGGUGGCAACAAAAACAAAUAAAUUGAGACAGGUACACAGAUUAUUCUCCUUUGAGGUUAAUAGUAAAUAUGUGUGUGUGUGUAAAACAUUCUUUACAAAAACGCUCGGAAUUAGCGGCAGUUACAUAUGUACUGCAUUUGAACAGAAAGCUCGCGAUAUGAUUGUUCAAGACAGAAGGGGAAAAGGUGUACCAAGUAACAAAACAUCAGAGGAACAAAUUGCCAGCGUGCAUAAACAUUUAGACAUUUAUCUGGCAAAAUAUCCUAUGUGCAUGAAUUUUCGAAAAAGAAUCAACUUGGUCAUAUUGUAUGAUGAAUAUAUAAUUAUGUGUAGGGAGGAAGAUAAAACACCAGUCUCAAACCAUAUGUAUAGAAAAAUAUUUAAAGACUAUACAGAGAAAUAUCCUAUAGGUGCUCAGGAACGAUACAUUGCAGUAAAAAGAAGAAAUGAAAAUAAAGAUGUAUUGGAUGAGAAAAAAGAUUUAUCUCCCGACACUGCACAUGAGAGAGGAUGUUACUUGACUGCACAGGCAGGAACUUGUGAAACACUGAUUGCUCAGGAUGAAACAUUCGGGCCGGGAAUUAUAACGCAAAAUGGAAAGCCAAUCCAGACUUUCCAACCGGAGACAUUACAACAUGGAACUUUUAACCAGUCUGCAAGAUCGUAUUUUUCUGCUCACUCGAAUUUCCAAGAUAGAUGUUCGGAAGGAUUGCCUGUUACAGAACGUUUGUCACAACCAACUUUAAUGCAAGAUAAGGAUGAAACAGCAAACAAUAUGUGUUACCAAAUGAUGACAGUGACACAGACCAGCAUAUCUGUGUUGCCAACUGAUGCGUCAAAUGACAUUAACAUUAACACCACAAAGAGUGAAGAUAACGCUGAAUUGUUGAAUAAUACUCAUAGUCAGGAAAUGAUAAACACUUCAGGAAAAUCAGGUAAGGAGAAAUUGAAGAAUAGAGAAAAAAGUGAAAACGAGUCAGUUAAAAGAGUGAAAGGAAGGCCAGAAAACUGGAAGAAAAAUGUCAGGAAAAAACUGAGAUCAGAGGGACAGGCAUACAUGAACACAAAGGGUAAAGUAGUUUCUGCAAGACAUUUGCAACCAGUCGAUUGUACAAAAUGUAAACAAAGAUGUACAGAAAAAAUCUCGGAAGAAACUAGAAUGCUUAUAUUUGAAGCGUUCUGGAAGUUAGGAUCAUAUACAGCACAAAAGGAGUUUGUUUUGUCGCAAGUUAAACAAGUGGCAACAAAAACGAGUAAAUUGAGACAGGUACACAGACUAUUUUCCUUUGAGAUUGAUGGUAAACACGUGUCUGUGUGUAAAACAUUCUUUAUAAGAACGCUCUGUAUUAGCAGCAGUUACAUAUGUACUGCAUUCGCACAGAAAGCUCGGAAUUCGACUGUUCAAGACAUGAGAGGAAAAGGUGUACCAAGUAACAAAACCCCAGAAGAGAAAAUUGACACCGUACAUAAACAUUUAGAUAUUUACCUUGCCAACUUUCCCAAUCAUACUCCUCUUCCAAAAAGCGUUAAAACGGCGAAGAUGUAUACUGAUUAUUUAAGAAUGUGUAGUGAGGAAAACAAAACUCAUGUGUCAAAACAAAUGUAUAGAACGCUAUUUCAAGAUUACGCACGGAAAUAUCAUACACCUGGAGAAACAGAAGCCGAUUCCGUAAAUAAACGUAUGUCUUCUUCUGGUGUGGCUCUGUGCACAAACUAAUGAUUAUAGAUUAUUUUACAGGGCCGGUGUACCUAAUACAAAGAGAGGUUUUGAAAGCCCUUGUGCCAAUAUCGAUUUCGUAUUAUGCCUGUAUCUCAUUAAGGCGCACAGGCCUUUUUUUGAUAAUAUUUUAAUGCAUAUGUUCCAAUGUACUGUUUAAUUGAAAAUUAGAUUAAAUUAAUUUUCUGUUG